GACACCUCGUCUUCCUCAUCAUGGCUCUAUCAUAAAGCAGUGCGCUCUCACGUUAAACGCGAAUCUUGUUCGUACCCUUUUACUUCUUCCAUCAAUAGUUUCUGAAAAUUAUAAAUCUAGGUAUUUGGUUAUCCCGAAUAAAGACACUCCCGUGUUGAAAAAUGAUCGGGGAAGAUUGCGAUACAGAUAAAUAAAAUAUCGAUUUUUUUUUAUUUUUAUUUCAUUGUGGGAAAGUGUCUAAAAGUAACCUGCGGAAAGCCAGUGACCACUAUAGUCGAAGGUUAGAGGCAGCAGCCAAACAUAAAGGAAACACGAUGCAGCUGAAGUUGAUACUCCUCACAGUGGCGUUGGUAGCCAUCGGUGGCCCCGCAGACAUCUCGGCUAGUUUUUGGGACUCGAUCCCCAUCAUAUCCCAGAUCAAAUCAGCAGUUCAGGCUAUCUCAGGGGACACCGAAGGUGCCAAAAAGACCCAAGAGAACUUCGUGAAUCAAGCACCGGUCGUAUCGCAAAUUAAAUCGGCAGUUCAAUCCGCUUCGGGAGAUAAUGAAGGCGCUAAAAAGACACAGGAGCAGUUCCUGCACGAGUUCAUCGAACCGGUGGCGGACAACACCCCGAUCGUCGGGCACAUCAAGGGAGGGAUCCACAUCGCCGCGGGGGACAAGGAACGCGGCGAGCAUAUCCUCAAGGGGGCGUCCACAUCGACGGCCGCCGUGAUUGGCGGGAUCUUGGGCGGGCCGGCCGGAGCCAUCGCCGCCGGAGCCGCCACCGACGGCCUCAUCACCGGCAUCGACUCGGCAAAGAACCGAGAGUACUCUCCCUUUGGCAUCGUCGACUACGUCUCCAACAUAGACAAACAUUCCGCCGGGGACCACUUUGAUACGAUCCUCGGCAUCGGCACGGAGUUCGUCGGAGGCAAGGCAGCCAAAAAAGGCGGCAAAAAGCCAGGUUUCGGAGCGGAGGCCCCGCCCAAACGCGGGUUCAGCGAUAGGUUCGGCCCAGAGAGCAUCUUCAAAACAGCCGAAGAAGAAGGACGACCAACGAAUCGUCGCCGACUCAACACGGAUAUUCCCGAGUCCCGCAUGGACCUCAGCAAUCCCACGCACCUGGAGAUCGCUCGACAGAGAACCGGUUUGGCGGACGGCUACGCUCAACGCCUAGAACCCGCCGACUUCCGGGUCGUCAAUGACGUACAGGGCAACAUGAACUGCUACUACUGCUCUCUGGCGGCGCUGAAGCGGAAAACAGUCACGGAGCUUUUGAAGGAGACGGAGGUGAUGAUGGAGGCUAAGGGUGCUCCUAGCAUCAAGUACAUCGUCGACUUGUACAAAGAGGCUGGUUUCCAGAACGCGAAGCAGAUUUUUGAAGGUACUCCUGAGCAAUUUUACGCGUUUCUCGACAACAACAUAGCGAACGGGGAAAUCGUGCACUUCUCGUUGCCGUUUCGACGCAACGACGGAACCGGUCACGUUGUGCAUGCCAGAGCUUGGAAGACCCCAGAAGGAACCGGUCAUCUGCUCAUCACAGACUUCCAACAACCACCGUUCUCGAUUGGAAGAUUCGCUACUCGACUACCGGACAAUCUCAAAACUGUGUUCGUGAUAUCGGUUGCUCUGAUUCGUGAGUUGGGUGACUUAGACGCUGCGAGUCGUUCGAAAAUCUACCAGACUCACCUGGCAGCAUUGAAAGAACAAGCUCUGGCCGGAGGCAACAAGUGUGCCAAACGCAUCAUCGGUUAUGUAACCCACUGGACUUGGAGGCCGUUUACCAUCAAACAAUCUCUCGGCCUAACCAAUGCUAUCUACGCGUUUAUCGAUAUGGAUGCAAGCGGUCGGCUCUCUUUACCAUCUCACUCCAUGUCCAAAGAGCGACUUAUAGACCUUGUGCUCGCGAAGAAGGUCCACAUGGACCAAGGUCUUAGUUUUAAGGUCUCGUUCGCCAUCGGAGGUUGGGAAAACUCUAAACAUUUCUCGGCGGUUCUAUCUGGCGGUGAGAGCCGCAACACCCUAAUCAAUGAAAUCGAUCGGAUAAUGAAUUUGUAUCAGUUCGAUGGUGUUGACAUCGACUGGGAAUAUCCUGUCACCGGCGGUGCUACCGAGGGUAAACCAGAGGACAAAGGUAACUACGUCACGUUCUUGCGCGAACUGCGAGCUAAGCUAGGUGCCAACCGAUUGAUAUCCAUCGCCGCUGCAGCCGGCCAGGAAGCAUUCGCCGGUUUCGAUGUUCCAAACCUACUCAAGCACGUCGACUGGAUCGGGGUUAUGUCAUACGACUUCUUCGGUGCUUGGGACUCCCAAUGGGGUGCGUUCGUCGGUCCAAACUCUCCGCUCAAGCACGCUGCCCCAACCGGCUACUCCGGUAAACUCAACGUCGACUGGGCUAUCAAGCAGUACGUGUGCAACGGGAACGACCCCGCUAAGAUCGUGAUGGGCGUCCCGUUCUACGGCCGCUUCUGGUACCAGACGUCACCCGGCAAGGACGCCAACUACCCGCUGUACAGAACGGCCGAACGACUCAACAACGGAUCCUACGGAGGCUCAGCGCCGUACUGGGAAAUGCUGAACGAGUGGCACUUGAACGAGAACUCCGCGUUCCAGAAGAAUUGGGACGCCCGUUCCAGCACGCCGUGGGCAACCGAUGGGAAGCUGGUCUUGAGCUACGAGAACGAACGAUCGAUCGCUGAGAAGAUCAAAUACGCCAACGAACACAACUUGGGAGGUGUCAUGAUCUGGUCGGUGGAUCAGGAUAGCUCAGACUUCGUCCUCAUCGACACCGUCUUCAAAACCGGAUGUAAAGGUGGAAGCGGUGGUGGUAUUAAGUACAAAUGCAAUCCGCUGGGAACGGAGAAACGGUGGUGGACAUGGCUGGAGGAUAAAGACAAGGCUGGCAUGUGCGGUAAGAUGGCGCCCCUGCAUAAAGGGUUCUACCCCCUCUGCGACCCGGAUGAUCCGGGUUUUUCGUGCUGCAGCCCGCACGGUUACUGCGGGAGCGGCGAGAAGUUCUGCGACUGCGAGGACUGUGUCAACUACGCGGAGCACCCGGAGAAGCUGGUCGAGGCACCGGUGAAGCCGACGCGACCGGUGCAGUGGCAUGUUGGCUUCGACGUAGCCAAAGUCGGUCAGCCGAGGUGCGGGCCGAAUGCGCCCAAAUUGCCCGAUGGGAAAGAGGCGAUCUGCAACCCGGACGGUAAGAACUUCUGUUGCUCUCCAGCUGGGUACUGCGGCUCGGGGGAUGACUUCUGCGAGUGCGAUGGGUGUGUGAACCACCGGACGGGCAAGACGGCGGGCCAGUCGGGAGACAAACGCUGGUACACCUUUAAAGAUGGGCUUCUGGCCGGCCGCUGCGGCCCCUCGGCCCCGAAAAUCGACGGGCAUGUGCCGAUCUGCAAUCCCAAGGAUCCCGCUUAUCAUUGCUGCUCUGCGUCUGGGUACUGCGGCGCCGCGCCUGAGUUUUGUAGCUGUAAGGGCUGUGUCGAUUAUUCCAAGAGGCGUUGAGAUUAGAUUUCGAGGUAAUGUUGCUGUGCUAAUGGAGAACGCCGUAUGAACAUUCGAAAGUUGCCAAAUUCCCUUCGAUAAAAUGUUCAUUUUUGAGGUAAGUUAUGA